AUGCCAGACCUGGAGCAUAUCAACUUGCAAUUAGGCUGGCCUUCGCCAUCCUUGUUUCCUUCAUCUCAGCUGCUUCAAGGUGCUACCAAUAUUCUCGACAUCCCCCGAAACUCGGCAUCGGCCUUGAUAUAUGGGCCGGACGCUGGUUAUCUGCCACUCAGAAAGAAUAUUGCAAAAUGGCUGUCCUCAGUUUACCAGUGCAGUGAAGCCAUAACUCAUGAUCGCAUCUGUGUGACGAAUGGUGCUUCGGCAACCCUCAGCAACAUACUCUCCAGGUUCACCGAGCCUGGAUACACGAGAAAGAUUUGGAUGAUUGAGCCAAGUUACUUUCUGGCUUGCCCAAUCUUUGAGGAUUCCGGUUUUGAGGGACAUCUGCGAGGGGUGCCAGAGGAUGACGAGGGUAUUGACAUUGGUUUUCUCCGAGCUGGUCUCGAGGAGUCUGAAAAGGAGGCAGCACCGGCCUCGCCAAAACUCAAGACGUCGGCCAGAUAUGGCAAGCUCUAUAAGCACAUUAUCUACAUGGUUCCGACCUUUUCGAAUCCCAGUGGAAAGACCACAUCUCUGAGAAGAAGGCAAGAGCUUGUUCGCCUUGCCCGAGAAUUCGACGCUCUCGUCAUUACAGACGAUGUUUACGACGUGAUCCGAUGGCCCGAAGACAAAGAUCUGGCUGCAGAUGCUGUGGGAGAAAUUCCACCUAGGAUCGUGGACGUGGACCGAACUCUAGAUGGAGGCAUCAAGGACAAAUGGGGCAACGCCGUGAGUAAUGGCUCAUUUUCCAAGAUCAUUGCACCUGGGAUGAGAGUUGGCUGGGUAGAGGCUUCACCGGCAUUUAUCCUUGGUCUUGCGCAGCUCGGCGCGACACGAUCCGGCGGUUGCCCGACACAACUGGCAGCCACCCUCGUUGAUACGAUGCUCGAAUCUAGCAUACUUCAGACGUAUAUCAAAGACAAGCUUAUUCCGACAUAUCGAUCAAGGUACUAUGCCAUGAUGGAGGCUAUCAAGACUAAGCUUGUCCCCAUCAGCUUCAAAGUUUCCAGUGGCGCCCCUUAUCAUGCUUCAUCUGAUAUUGCGGGUCAUGGUGACAAUGCUAGCAUUGCCGUAUCCGGAGGUUAUUUUGUCUACGUCAUGGUUCCAUCAGAACUCCCAAUUACUACCAAGGAAUUGGCUGCAAGAGCUUUGGAAGAGUGUAACUUGAAAUUUGCCUAUGGAGAAAUGUUCAAAGUGGAAGAAGAUGAAGGAAGUCGGGAGAGGGCUAUGAAGGUUUAUGGUGAAGGGAUAAGACUAUGCUGGGCCUGGCACACCGAAGAUCAGAUAGCGGAGGGGAUUCAAAGGCUUUCAGAUCUUGUGACAGGAAUCAUGACAAAGUAG